CCGAUAGUGCGACGCGAAUUGUGUUUUCCGAUUUGUCUCUGUCCCAUUUCAGACAGGGCCAAAUCGCUAGAACUUCCCAGUUAGACUAUGCGAACUCUAUGGACCAAUCUAAAGAUAUUUUAGAAUUAAGUCGGAAUAGUUAUAGAAUAGAUCUUGACGAAGUUGCGUUUGUGGGGAAAGGCAGCGACAAGAAAAGAACUGCUCGAAGACGAUGGGCUAUAUUAGCCAAAGCACUCAAGAGCCCUUCAGGCAGCCAGCCUUCAAGCCCCACAGACGACGUGUCCGUUCGUCGAAUCUCCUCAUUCAUGUUGUUGAAGACACGAGAACUCCCUGCUCCGCCUUCCCCCCUAGUCAGCGAGCUUCUCUCGAAACGAGCCUGGUUCGAGUACUCGCUCUCAGUCGGCCAGAACGCUUUCAGUCUCAACAUCAGCCAUCGAACCCGAACUUUCAGCGCCGAAGACCUAAUGGGCUUCAACAACACCGGCAACGUGUGCAUCUGGCCCUCGGAAGAGACCCUCAGCUACUACGCAUGCUCUAACCUGGAUAUCUUCAAGAACAGGAACGUUCUAGAGCUAGGAGGAGGCAUGUCCUGUCUCGCGGGGUUGUUCGUAGCAAAAUACGCCUCUCCUAAGACGGUGCUGGUUUCUGACGGCAACAAAACGUCAGUUGAUAACGUCAGAGCCAUUCUGCAGUGUAACGAGUUCUCUUGUCCUACAGACUGCGCCAUUUUGAAAUGGGGAGAGCCCAGGGGAUCGAGGAGGCUUUACGAUGUGAUUGUUUCGGCUGAUUGUUUGUUUUUCGAUGAUGCUCGGCGAGAUUUUGUCGAAUGUUUGUACGAAUACUUGGCUCCGGAAGGGUUAGGAUUGGUUAUGGCGCCUCAGAGAGGUUCGACGUUGGAUAGUUUUAUGAUUCAGUCUGAGAAUAGAGGGUUAAUUUGUCGUAAAAUAAUGAGAUACGACGAUGUUGUAUGGGAAAGGAGAUUGGAGCUUUUGGAUCAGUGCGAGUAUAACGAUAAUAUUCAUUAUCCUGUUUUGGUAGAAGUUACCAAACGAGAGGCAUAUUCGAAGGAAAAUGUUUAAGUAGAGAUUUGUUUAUUCUAUCCUUUAUAGAGUUGAAAAAGGACAAAAUUAAUAGCCUUUUAUACGGGUGAAAUUUUUUACUUUGACGCUUUUAAUGUCGUAGGAACAAAGUUUAUUGAUUGUCAAUCAAAACUUGGAAAUGACAAAAAAAAAUGAUGAUAUUAUAAUAGUAAUACUCGUAUAAUAUUUGACGUUUAAAUUUUUACCACUACAAAACGCUGUUAGAAUUUACUCGUAAAUACCUUUAGAUAUUUAGAACAAUUUCUUCAAAAUACCCUAGAUACGAACUAGGUUAUAAUAAUAUCUGUACCAUCAAAUAUGAUAUUUGACCAGCAAUUACUCAGUACUAAUAAUUAAUCUCCUCUAUCCAAUGUGUGUAUCUAGUCUGAUAAACCUUAUCUGUGAUAUAAAAUACCAAUUUUUUCUCGCGGACCUACGCGUACAUGUCUGACGUGAUUACGCCGACAAGUGUUCGCGUAUAGAGAUACCUUUAGUCGAAUUUAGUAUUAUAAUAGUAUAUAAUGUAGGAAAAUAAAUAAAUAAAAUACAUAUAGCAGACGUAAAAUGGCAUCUGCAAUAGUGCAUGACUAAGUGUGAUCUUGGGAUUAAGGAUAUUAUAAUAUACAGGGUGUUCCACAUUUUAGUAAUUUAAAAUCGAUAAUAUAUCAUAUGAUAAAAAUAUUGCCAAAAGUUUUUAACACUGGUAUUAAGAAAUAUAUUAUUGACAAAUUAUUUUUCGUAAUUUUUUGCUUUGAAUCAUACAGAAGAAUUAUUUUUGAUAUUUUUUUCUAUGUGCCUAUUAAUGUUAAAAGCGAAACAUUUUUCCCAAGGUCCACUUUGUACAGGAUGUGCCGUUUUCGUGUGUUUUAUGGGGCUUCUCGUUUUUCAGAGAUAUAUAAAGAUGCGGUUUUCUCUUUUUUUUUCUCUACUUUUUUAUGAAACUGGAGUUGCUACACACAGACAUGUUCUAACUUUCUAACCCUUUUAAUUCCUUAAAUAAUCCACGGCGAAUUUUAAAGUGGUGUAUUUUUCGACCCCUUUCGUAUCUUAGUUAUCUUAUAACUUAUCGCAAAGGGAAAAACUGUCGUCUCCCGUAGAGUUUUUCACCCAGAAUCCAGUGGCGUAACUAGUUUUUCGCUCGGAGUUGUUAGUAUUGUAAUAUGACCUAAACUAAUGUUUUAGACCUUUGAAAUGAGAGGUAAUGUUUUUUUUUAAAUAGCUUAUAUAGUAUUUAUUUUAUUUACCUUGUUAUGAGCCUUUUCUAAAAUAUAAUAUACUCUAUACUAUAACAUAUUCUAUUACUUAUUUUCAUAAGUAAGGUAAAAAUGCAUUAUUUAACUCAAUGAAAAUUACUGAAAUUAUUUAAAUCAACUAGUUUAAGAGUAUAUUUAAUUUAAUUUAACUAGAUAAUUUUGCUUUCCAUCGUUUGCAAUAUUUUUAAAUUCAGCCUGUAUUUUAGGAACUAAGAAGGCAAGGAUAAAUCUGUGUGUAGCAUCUUUAGUUUAUAAAAAAUAGCAUAGUAAUAUGAAAACCGCAUCUUCGUACCUCUACUCAGAAACGAGAAACCCUGUAAAAUACAUGAAAAUGGAACACCCUAUACACUCAGUAUGUACACGUAUACACAAUAACUCAUAUAUAAUAAUUUAUCGUACGACAAAAAAACAGCGUCACAAUAGCCCCCAAAUGACAGUGAAAAAAAUAUAAAAAAAUAAUAUUUAAUUUAGAGAAAAGUAAAAUUCAUAUUUUUGUCACCUCUCAUUUCAAAGGUCACUGUGACACCGUUUUUUUCGAUCGUACGAUAUUCUAAUAUUAAUGUUAAGGAACCUUACAGUUCCUAGUAAUAAUGUAAACUUGAUAUUACAGGGAUUUUCAAAAUGAAAUACAUUUUUUUUAAUUUCCAAAUGAUAUUUUUAAUUAUGUUUUAAAAUUAGUAAAUUAUAUGAUAGAAAAUGGUUUAUUUUUUCUCGUUUUCAAUUCUAAUACAAUUAAAGAAAUAGCUUAAUCCAUCGUUUUUGUUCAAAUCCAUUUAAUAGCUGUUCAUUCAAAUAGAACACUAGAAACCUUAAAAGGAAAAAGUUAUUUUUAGAUAUUAAAUUGAUUUUUUUAUGAAAGAAAAUGUUAUUUUUUGAUU